UAAUGGACCCUGCUAGCUGAGAGAAAACCGCCCCUCCCUCUCCACUCCCUCCCCUCUUGACGCACAAGCACACACACAUGCAUACUGUAUGCACUCUCUCUAUCGUUCAGUGAGUAAUAAUGGAGCCCAGCAGUCCAAAGAAGAUCCAGUUUGCUGUCCCUCCACUGCAGGGACAGCUGGACCCACAGGCCGCCGAACAUAUUCGUCGCCGAAGACCGACUCCUGCGACUCUGCAGAUCUACAGACAACCCUGCACAGAUGCUGGAGAUCAACACAACACCAGUGGGGAGUCUCAGGCUUCAGAUUCCGCUCAGAGGAAGCAGAGCACCUACGCCCCGCCCACCAUGAAAGAGCUUCAGCUGGGGGUGGAGCAACACCUACUAGGGGCGGGACUUAGCGAGGACGAUGGCCAGCUGAGUCCAAUCACAGCACAGCUCUAUGCUGCCGCUUCUCUGUGGGCCAAUCACAAUGGGCCAGAGGAAGCCAAUGGGAAUGAGGCGAGUCUGCAGUUAGCCAGUCAGGAGAGAGGAGUGGCAGAAAGCAGUUCAGGGGAUUUGUCAUGUGACCACAAAAAGGAUGCGCCCAGUCCUGACUCCGUCUCCCGAUAGCCACCUUUUCUCCUUUCAUCUCCCUAUAACCAACUCUUCCCUUGUCUUCCUCGCUGCUGUUCAUCUGACGCCAUUAGCACUUUGCUUCACUCAUGCUACACAUAAACGCUGUAUGUUCUGGUUUGUGCAGCAGCUCUCGCUCUUUUUCAUGCACACAUUCCGACGCAAAAGAUUUUAGUUAAAUGUACCAAAUCAGUCCAGAUUGAAAACCCUGUAGGUGAUGUUUUGCCUGCGUAGA